GCUUUCAUUUGAUCCCUCAUAUUCAGGAAAUGCGUCUUGAUGUGGUCCGUAAUUUGCUUUGAGGGUUAAAUGCAGAGAUUAUGAUAUAGAGAGCGCGCUGCAGGUUUCCUUUUCAAAUUAAUCCUUUCCCGCUUUUCACUAGGAAAAAUUCCAUUCUGUAGGUGCAAAUCCGUCCACUUCCAUCGAAUUAGUGCCUAUUAGUAUGUGAUCACAUCCACUAAACUGCGAACUGGGGAUCAAUCAAUUGUCCAAACAGAUCCGAGUUCGGUACAUAACAAAAUGAUCGGAACCUUGGGCAGCAGUGAUCAGUGAACGCUCGAGUGUGUUUUCGAAUUCCGGGCAGCACGUGCUCGCGUUUUCCAUGUGCUUUCCGGAUUUCGGCCGAGUUGGCAACAGCGUUCGCGAAAUACAAGGGGUUUAAAAAUAAUCCAUGAACCUGAACGCAGGUAGAGCUUAGAGUGGCACCACCACUAGCACCCAAGUCCAACAAAAUCGAUAUUAGUGCAGUUGGAACAUUCCUCAAGUUUAGUGGCGAAGUGUGCUCACAUACACGACAAUUUCGCCUAAUUAUUCGAUCUGUAAACAGAUAUUCAUGAUUGUAGUUUAAGUGACAACAGCUGCCUGAUCAGUCUGGACCCGUGGUGCUACUGCGACUAUCAUGCGGGAAACAAGUGUGGCUCAUAUGUUCAAGGGAACCCUCCCUCAGCUAAUUGCUGUUGUAACCGAUUUUUGAUUAAAUGCCCCGAUAUAUCUAUCGGGUUUAGUUCACACGACGGGGCCACUGGUUCAAGGUACCGUGAGUGCAAUAUCCGAUGGCAUGCAAUACGGUUGGUCGGCUCCGCUAAUCCCCGUCUUGCAAUCGCCCGACAGUCCGGUGAAAAUCACCGAAACGGACGCCGUAUGGCUGGAAAACAUCUACAUGAUCGGGGGAAUGGCCGGCCUCCCCAUCACCAUCUACUGCGUCGAUAGGAUAGGCCGCCAGAAGACCAUCAUCGGCGCCUGCAUCACCAACCUCAUCGCCUGGAUCAUCAUCGCGGUGGGCAACUCCGUCGAGUACCUGCUGCUCGCCCGCUUCCUCACCGGCCUCGCCGGCGACGUCAACUUCGUCGCCGCCCCCAUGUACAUCGCCGAGAUCGCCGACCAGAAGAUCCGGGGCUUCCUCGCCGGCAUCAUCUACCUGAUGAUGCUCCUGGGAAUCCUAGUCAUCUACUCCGUGGGGCCCUUCGUCCCGGUCUACGCCUCGUCCGUCGUGGGCAUGGGGCUCCUGAUUUUCGAGCUCCUCACCUACCCCUUCAUGCCCGAAUCCCCCUACUACCUCCUCGGCAAGGGCAAAUACGAAGCGGCGCAGAAAUCCCUACGCCGGCUACGCGGCACCAUGGACGUGGACAAGGAGCUCCAGGAGAUCUCCAAGGCGGUCGAACGCCAACGCAGCGAGCGCGGGCGCCCGCAGGACCUCAUCCUCAUCAAAAGCAACCGCAAGGCCUUGCUCAUCAUGAGCGUCCUGAACGCCGCUCAGCACCUCAGCAGCAUCAGCGUGAUUCUGAUGAACCUGCACAAGAUCCUGGAAGCUGCAGGUUCGAUCUACAUGAGCUCGCAAGUCGCUGCGAUCAUUUUCGCCGCCGCUAUGCUGAUUUCUGCCUCUUCGGCGUCCUUCAUCAUCGAUAAAUACGGGCGCAAAAUCCUGCUUACUUCCUCGAGUCUCCUAACCGGGCUCUCGCUCCUCGUGAUCGCCAUCUACUUCCAGCUCCAGAAUUCGGGAGUGGACGUGGCGUCCGUGAGCUGGAUCCCCAUCGCCUCCGUCAUGGUGUACGCCGCAGUGUUCAAGUUCGGGCUGGGGAUGGUGCCCAUAGUCAUGACGGCCGAGCUGUUCCCAGCCAAAGUCAAGGCGAUGGGAAUGACGCUGUCCGAUCUGAUGUAUCUCCUUUUCGGCCUGAUUAGCAUAGAGAUGUAUCACGUUUUGAGCGAAGCGUAUGGAAUUCAAGUUCCUUUCUUUAUUUUCGCCGCUUCUUGCCUGCUCACGGCGGCUUUCUGUGCCUUUGUCAUUCCGGAAACGAAAGGAAAGACGCUGGAAGAAAUUCAGUUUAUUUUGAAGGGGGAGCCGUACGAGCCGCCACACGUUGUCGAAAACGGCAAAAGCAGCGAAAUCGUCGAUAGCAAAAUUAGCGAUUGCACGCAUUUAUGAGAAUCAUCAGUAUGAUCUAGUUGCUCUAAGUAUACUUUUGUAAAUUCGACAAUAUUUGUGAAUGGAUGGGGACGGCUAUGUCCCGCAGGGUGACACCGACUGAUUUUAGGACGUACGGAAUUGUGAAACAAAGUUUACUUAUCGGAUAUUUACAUCAAUCAUUCUGCUGCUAUAUUAGAUAGGAUUUUAUUAUUAGGCGAACGAAAUGUGAUUUAGAUCGAUACUUAUGAUAUCUUAGAUAUUAGGGAAUUACUUAUUUUCUUCCGGAUCAAUUAUUAAAGUUCAAAUUUUGUGAUUGCGAUUCACAAGCUAUUGCAUAGGUAUAUUUUGUAUCUACUUAAAUAUAACGUCUGUCCACAUAUGUUUUUUUAUAAGCUUGUUAAACUUUGAAUAAAUAUUUUAAAUAUUUAAA